CUGCCCCGGGCCGCUCCUAGGAAGGGGGUGGCUCAGGUGCGGCAGUCCCUGCCCCCUGGCUCCGAGAUGGCCCUGGGGAGACUCUUUCCUCCCUGGGGGCUGAGAGUCCAGGCAGCGCCCCUGGAGCCGGCUGGCUUCCCCCCAAUCUGCGGCGUUCAGCUGCUCGGGAGGUCCAAGAAGCAGAGCCCGGUGCCGUGGGCAACCAAGCAGUCCAAGCGCGCUGGUGUCUCUGGCAAGAAAUCUGGCGCCAGGAAGCCCCGGGAGUUGGAGCCGGUGGUGGCGGGAGAAGAAAAUGACCCAGACAGAGGUCCAGUGCCCAAGGGCCAACUUCCUGCACAGAGAUCAAGGUCAUCUCUGAGUAUGCACCGUGGACAAUUCAGCAUUCGAGACCGCAACACCAGAGCCCCCCAAGCUCUUGCAAUCUCUCAGCUCUUGGUCCCCAGUCAGGGAGACGUCAUGCUCAGGGGGCCCACAGCCUCGGAUGACCAGGAGCCACCAGACCAUCCCCCAAGACCAGAAAGGCAGCCGCCUGCAGCACAGGGCUGUCCUCAGUGUGUGACACUCCAGAAAGAAAUAGAGGAGCUCAGAGCGCAUCUUGGCAAGCAGUCCCUGGCUGACAAGUCCCAGACCCUGUGAAGUUGAAGCCCGCAUCUUGCUACGAGAGAGGCGGCUGGUGGCUUGGGAGCCCAGGAGCUGUGGCCAAGCUGACUGGGUCCUGUUCUCCGUCAGCCCUCUCCCUUCCUCCUCCUCCCGGUGCCCUCUGCCCACCCCGGUUCACAGCAGUUUCAAAUUAAAGUGUCUGUCAUGUUCCGUGGU